UCUGGAUGUUGAAUGAUUGAAAAAUGCAGUUAAAAAAACCGUCUCUUCCGAGCAGCAGAAUGAAUAAUCACAAUCUCAGCCUUUCUUUACAUCUUGGCGUUUGGGGCGUUAAAAAGUGAGUUGUUCAUGUCUCCUCUUCGUCCAAAAGAAAAGUGGGCGGUACGCCUUGGCGGCUGUGCAAUUCAGACAACAAGGGCGGAUUAGCAAGUACAGCCGACCGACCCAGGCCUGCCUCACAAGCGAAACGAUGUUGGGUUGGCGCCGGUGUCAACCCAGUCCACUGUGCUACUAACCCCAACCCACCUAAACAAAGAAGCUUGGCCAUCUCCAGCGCGCGCGCUUGAUUUUGAUUUCUCCGUUCCUUUCUUUAACCAUGACCGAAGCUGGCAUGCCGAUCGGAAAAAGUUCUUAUGCAAGGCCGUGGAAACUGCACCCGAUUCCAAUCAAUCUCCAACUAUCUAAGUUUAGCAACCAGGACCUCCUUUAUUAAUUGAAGAAUUUGACUUUUUCUACCUUGUUCAACACUUAUUUCUUACCGCGUGCCUACCAUGAAAACCACUGUGUUUGCAUUUUCUUAAAAAAAGCUCGUGUCCCGCCAGGCGCCAGCGCAGACACACGACUAAAACUUGAGCUUACUUUCUCGGGCAGCCACACCAGCCUGAUUUUCAUCCCUUCCAUCAUUCGACCAAACGAACGAACCCCUCAUCGAGGUUUUUUCUACGUCAAUAUAAAAACCGCCUAGCCCGGCGUCUGGCGUCUUUGUGGGCACAAGGGUUCUCGUCGCUCGCCGUCAUCGUACCUGGCCCUCGCCACGACCGACCCUAAUGGCCUCCUUCUUCACAUCACCGGCAUCGUACCGGGUCAACAACAUGUUUGACAACCCGACGUUGCCGCCAGCGUUGAUGGCGCAGAACCCAUUCGAGAUCUUCAAGAAGAAGCCGCACGAGUCGCAUCCUUCACUGCCACACCUAGUUCUUCUGGUUUUUGAGGCUGUCAUGGAGGUCGUGUGCGUCGCUCUACCAGGCUACAUCAUCGCCAGGCUGGGCCACUUCGAUGCCGAAAAACAAAAGUUCCUUGCGAACCUCAACAUUCAGCUUUUUACACCAUGCUUGAUCUUUACAAAACUGGCGUCGCAGCUAAACGCUGACAAGCUGGUUGAUCUCGGCAUUAUACCUGUCAUCUUUGUUAUUAUGACGUUUGUUUCCUAUAUGGUCGGUUUGGGUGUUACCAAGGCAUUUGGAUUCGGCAGGCGCCCAGCAAAUUUCGUGAUCGCCAUGGGAGUCUUUGGCAACUCAAACUCCCUCCCCAUCUCCCUCGUUAUUUCACUCUCGCAAACGAUAUCGGGCCUACACUGGGAUAGGAUCAAGGGGGACAAUGACGACGAGGUCGCAGCACGUGGCAUCCUGUAUCUUCUGGUUUUCCAGCAGCUUGGACAGCUCGUCAGAUGGAGCUGGGGGUACCACGUCUUACUAGCACCCAAGGACAAAUACGAAGAGUACAACCAAGAACAGGCAGAGGCCGGCCGCUUGCGCUCCGGUAGUGUUGAUGGCGAAAGCGUCAGCGAGAGGCGCGGACUGCUCGAGAACGGAAGCCUCCAUGGGUCCGACCCAGACGUUGGAAAUUCCGAUGAUGAGGGAACCAUGCACACCGACUCGGACUCAUACGUGCCCGCCGGCCGAACACCCAUUGCCAACCAUUCGCGAGCGUCGCCCGCUGACAGCGAGGACGACGACUCGGAUGGUAACCGCCGCCCCAGCUCGGCGCCUGGUGGUCGAAAGAGUCGGAAGAGCAGGAAGCAUGAUAGUUCCGGGCCUCGUAAUCACUCGAUCGGGCCUGGUCUAACCCACGUUCAUAUACCACAGCCACAUGAGAACGAUGACGAUCAUAUUCAGUCGUUCCCGCGCAUCCGUAACAAUGAUGAGCAGGAUAUGUCUGGUAGAGUCAAGGGCCUCAAGAUGCGCGCAGCCAUGCUUAAGCGCAAGUCGACCAACUCGAUCAAAGCUUUCGGUUUACGCCUGUUUGCUAGGCUGCCAAUCACAUUACAGCGAGGUUUCAGGAUGCUCGGCAGGGGUGUAGAGAAAGCCAAUGUUUUUCUGUGGGAGUUCAUGAACCCGCCUCUGUGGGCAAUGCUGAUCGCCAUUGUGGUCGCCUCGAUCCCUUCACUCCAAAGGCUCUUCUUCCAGGAGGGCUCCUUUAUCCGCAACAGUGUCACCAGAGCUGUUUCACAGUCUGGCGGUGUCGCCGUCCCUCUGAUUCUAGUGGUCUUAGGUGCCAACCUUGCCCGCAACACGCAAAAGCACGAAUCGGUUGAUCCAGAAGAGAGGGAGAUUGGCACUAAGCUACUAGUAGCUAGCUUGAUGUGCCGCAUGCUCCUGCCGACCAUUAUCAUGACGCCAAUCCUGGCCUUCUUUGCCAAGUACGUUCCGAUCAGCAUCUUGGAUGACCCAAUCUUCGUGAUUGUGUGCUUCCUGCUCACAGGGGCGCCAAGCGCUCUACAGCUGGCGCAAAUAUGCCAGCUUAACGAUGUCUACGAGGGCGUCAUGGGAAAGAUCCUCUUCCAGAGCUACGUGGUAUGGAUCCUGCCAAGCACACUCAUUCUGGUGAUGCUUGCCCUCGAGGUUGUUGAAGCUGCCAAGUAGGCGAUGAGAAGAAUCUAGACUGGUCGCUUUGCCAACCCUCGUUGUACCAUUUUCCUUGUCUUUCCUGUUUGCAUUUUGAAGUGGAUUGAGUGCUCUGUGCGCAACACUCGGGUCUAGGCGUUUUGGCUUUGCAGAAGGCCUUGUAGAGAGAUAUAAGGGCAUGACUCCUGUGCCCCCUGGCCAUUCUUGGUGGUUAAUUUCCUUUGUCCUUUUUGUCGGGUCCGGACGAAAUAUAGGCAUAGAGCAAGUGUCUCACGGGCAACAGCAAUGUUAUUGUUUUAUUUGAAAAGUUGAAAGGUUUUGUCAUACUAUCGAUCGAAUCUGUAAUCUUACACUUGAAUAUUUGCUGAACAGGGACGGUGUGAGUAGCAUCUGUUCAAACGUAAUAAACCAUAUCACAUGCUAGCUUGUAUCCA